CUCCGAUAACUAAUUUGACUGACGGGGAUCGUGUCUCAACAUCCCCUCCCCUUGGCUUGACUCAUGCUUAUUCCUAUCUCUUUAUCUUCAUGUCUAAGUGCUUGCUUAUAAACCUGUCUAUGCCAUUGGAGUCUUUUGCGAACCGUCUCCCCAAGAAUCUCUAAUUCAUUGCCGAACGCAAGAUGGCUAACAACCGCAUUGUAAUCCUGGGGGCUGGUGUCUCCGGUCUCACCACCGCAUAUCUGCUUUCCCAAGAUGCCUCUAACAGCAUUACUGUUCUGGCCAAGCACAUGCCCGGUGACUACGACAUCGAAUAUACUUCUCCCUGGGCUGGCGCCAACUAUCUUCCGUAUGUCCUCCAAGGUGUGGGCAAGGCGGGAAGCGAUCAUGAGCGAUGGGAACGAAACACCUGGCCCACCCUGAGGGAGCUCACGAAGAACCACCCCGAAGCGGGCAUCCAUUUCCAAGAGACCAUUGUUUACAACCGUACAAAGGAUCAGGGAUCAGCAACCGGAGAAUGGUUCUCUGAAUUGGUGCAGAAAGACCCAUGGUAUAUGGAAGUUGUUCCUGACUUCCAAGAUAUCCCCGCCGAUCAGCUAGCCCCCGGCAUCGACAACGCAUCUAAAUUCACAUCAGUGUGCAUCAACACCGCCGUCUACCUACCCUGGCUAGUCGGCCAAUGCCGGAAAAACGGCGUCGUCUUCAAACGAGCCGUUCUCAAGCACGUAGCAGAUGCAGCAAAUGGCCACCACACCGGCCAAAAGGCCGAUGUGGUCGUCAAUUGCACCGGACUCUCGUCCAAGAAGUUGGGUGGUGUGCUCGAUGACAAGCUCUACCCUGCACGUGGCCAGAUUGUCGUCGUGCGUAAUGACCCUGGUAAGAUGGUGUCUAUAUCUGGCACCGACGAUGGCGAGGAUGAGGUCGUUUACAUGAUGACCCGUGCAGCGGGUGGUGGAACUGUCAUUGGAGGUUCGUAUCAAAAGAACCAGUGGGAUCCGCUGCCUGAUCCCAACUUGGCUGUUCGGAUCAUGAAGCGGGCAAUAGCUCUAUGCCCGGAGCUGGUCGAGAAGGGACAGGGUAUCGAAGGUCUGGAUAUAAUCAGACAUGGCGUUGGAUUGCGCCCCCUCCGUGAGGGCGGGCCGCGUAUUGAAGCGGAGAAGGUCGACGGUGUGUCCGUUGUGCAUAACUACGGUCAUGGUGGCUUUGGGUAUCAGGCGUCAUUUGGAUGUGCGGAGGAUGCUGUGAAGCUGGUCCAGGAAACGUUGCGCCGCAAGGAUAAAGCGAAGCUGUAGACUCAGACAUAGCAUUUUAUCCUGGGGCAGACUAUAAAGUUUGGCACGUUAACCUUAAAAGCAUAGUUCUUUCGCUGUGGUUACUGGUACGUUACAUGCAAGAACUUUUCAAUUUCCAGCCAUGAAUGACGGGCAUAGCGUCUGAAUUCAUCAUGACGCCAUAGCCGCGGAGAAGCCCAUUUACUAUCUACC